UUAGUUUAUAAUUAAUAAUCUCAGUUACGUAUCGUAACUUGAAACUCACUCAAACACGUGUGGUUGGUUGGUUGACACUCUGACUGAAAUAAAUGGGAUUAGAUACAAGGCGUUUUAACGGUAAUAUUCACAUUAUUUGUGUUAAAAUUAAUAAUGAUGUAGUAAGUCUUAAAUGUUGUAAAAUAUUUUUGCCAAAUUGUGACGAAAAAUUAUUAUAUAAAGAUAUUGAAUGGUGACGUUAAUCGGUUGCAAAAUGGAAUCGGAUUUUAUGCUUGCAUAAUAGCAUCUCGGACGUAUAAAAUGGCCUCCACUGUUAAAGCUAUUUGGAAAAAAGCUGAUGCUGUUUGUUUUGAUGUUGACUCCACUGUUAUAAGAGAAGAAGCUAUUGAUAAAUUAGCCGAAUUUUGUGGUAAAGGGAAAGAAAUACAAUCAAUGACUUCAGCUGCAAUGAGUGGGAAAAUGAGCUUUAGAGAAUCUCUAUCUACCAGACUUAAUUUGAUUCAACCUUCAAUGCAACAGGUCCAAGAAUUUAUUAGAAGUAAACCUCCUACACUUUCAGUUAAUAUAAAGAAACUGAUCAACUGUCUACAGCGAAGAGGAGUACCAAUUUACCUAGUAUCGGGUGGUUUUCGAGGUAUUAUUGGCCCUAUUGCUCUUGAAUUGAACAUACCUCUGGAAAAUAUUUUUGCCAACAAACUCAAAUUUUUCCUAAGUGGAGAGUUUGCUGGCUUUGAUGAAAAUGAAUUGACUAGUAGAGAUGGUGGUAAGGCAGAGGUGAUAAAACAUUUGAUUCAGAAAUUUGGUUAUUCCAAUAUAGUCAUGAUCGGAGAUGGAAAUACUGAUCUUGAAGCAUCUCCUCCAGCUCAUGCAUUUAUAGGCUAUGGUGGUAAUGUAGUUAGAGAAGCUGUGAAGAACAAAUCUCAAUGGUAUGUGACAGAUUUCCAAGAAUUAAUCGAUGAAUUGAGUUAAAGAUUCUAGAUGAUCUCUCUUAUAUAAUUAAUGUAUUUAUUUAUUAUUUGUUUUUGCAAUGUCUGUAAUUAUUUAAAAUAAACAAAUUGCUUUUAAUGAUUUUUCUAAUUAACUAUUUUAUGUGUCAGUAUUUGAAAUGAAAACUUUUUUUUA